UUUGUUGGGGGAAAAAAAAGAAAAGAAAAAGUUAGUUGGUAGUUAAACUCGGUCGCGUGAAUGUGGCGAGUCCGUCGUGUUUCGGCCCCUCGGUGACGAUGCGGCGCAGCGAGCGGAGUCUACUCGGGUAAAGUCGGACGGCGAGCAGCGUCUCGAGCAGCGUUACGUCCUCUGGCUCGGACCGGGGGGAAAAAAUCUCAGUGGCCAUCAUCGUUUCACCUCUGCCGCCUCGUUAGCCACCGAGCAGCUAGCUCCGCCGCGGGCCAGCUACCCACGAACCGAACGCUCCCUCGCGGGGACUUCCAGUCUUUUUUGGGGGGUGUGCGUGUGUGUGUGUGUGUGGGGAGAAGAAAAAGGCGACCGCGGAGAUGGCGGAAACUAAAAUAAUUUAUCACAUCGACGAAGAGGAGACGCCGUAUUUGGUGAAGAUACCCAUCGCUGCCGAAAAUAUCACCCUGCUGGAUUUUAAACAGGUCUUGAACAAACCGAACUACAAAUUCUUCUUCAAGUCUAUGGACCAGGACUUCGGGGUGGUGAAGGAAGAGAUCUCCGACGACAGCGCCAAGCUGCCGUGUUUCAACGGCAGAGUGGUUUCAUGGUUGGUGUCUUCGGACGCUCCCACAGCGGAGCCCCCGGUGGCGGUGGUUCCUCCCGUGGAGACGACGGCCCAGCCUUCGCCCCCACCCCCGCCCCUCCCGCCCCCGCCUGCAGAGAGGACCGGGGGCAUCGGGGAUUCCAGACCGCCCUCCUUCCACCCCAACGCGACGGGCAGCGUGGAGACCCUGGACGACCAGACUGAAACCGAGUCUGUCGUCUCCUUCCGGAGGGAGAGGCCUCGGCACAGAGACGGCAUGGAGACGCACGGGCCUCGCAUGAACGGCCAGACCCGCCUGGAGCGCCACCUGGCGGGGUACGAGAGCUCCAGCACGGUGAUGAGCAGCGAGCUGGAGACCACCAGCUUCUGCGACUCCGAGGACGACGACACCAUGAGCAGGUUCAGCAGUGCGACGGAGCAGAGCACGGCCUCUCGGCUUCUCAAGCGCCACCGCAGACGCAGGAAACAGCGCCCGCCGCGCUUGGAGAGGGCCUCCUCCUUCAGCAGCGUGACGGACUCCACGAUGUCCUUGAACAUCAUCACCGUCACUCUCAACAUGGAGAAGUACAAUUUCCUGGGCAUCAGCAUCGUGGGCCAGAGCAACGAAAGGGGCGACGGAGGCAUCUACAUCGGCUCCAUCAUGAAGGGCGGAGCUGUGGCUGCAGACGGGCGCAUUGAGCCCGGGGACAUGCUGCUGCAGGUGAAUGACAUCAACUUUGAGAAUAUGAGUAACGACGACGCGGUGCGGGUGCUGAGGGAGAUCGUACACAAGCCAGGGCCCAUCAUCCUGACGGUGGCCAAGUGCUGGGACCCGUCCCCCCAGGGCUACUUCACGCUGCCGCGCAACGAGCCGAUCCGACCCAUUGACCCGGCGGCGUGGGUGAGCCACUCCGUCGCCAUGACCGGCGUCUACCCGCCCUUCCCGGGCAGCUCCUCCCUCAGCACCAUCACCUCCUCCUCCGUCACCGAGACCGAACGUUUCGAUGACUUCAACUUGUCGCUGCACUCUGACAUGGCGUCUGUGGCCAAGGCCAUGGCCUCGCCCGAGUCCGGCCUGGAGGUCAGGGACCGCAUGUGGCUUAAAAUCACCAUCCCCAACGCUUUCCUGGGCUCGGACGUGGUGGAGUGGCUCUUCCACCACAUCGAGGGAUUCCAGGACCGCCGCGAGGCCAGGAAGUACGCCAGCAACCUGCUGAAGGCCGGCUUCAUCCGGCACACCGUCAACAAGAUCACCUUCUCCGAACAAUGCUACUACGUCUUCGGAGAUCUAAGCGACUGCGAGAACUACAUGGCCAACCUCUCCCUGAACGACAACGACGGCUCCAGCGGGGCCUCGGACCAGGACACGCUGGCCCCCCUGCCCCUCCCCGGGGCCUCUCCCUGGCCCAUGAUGCACACCUUCCCCUACCAGCCCUACCCGACACACGCCUUCUCCAGCCAGCCCCCUCCGUACCACGAGCUCACCAGCUACAGCUACGCCCCCGGCAGCACCGGCAGCCAGCACAGCGAAGGGAGUCGGAGCAGCGGGUCGACGAGGAGCGAGGGCGAGCGCCGCCGCAGCACCAAAGGCCCGGGCAGCACGGCGGGCGGCGGGGAGAAGUCCCCCUCCGGCGUGGGCGUGGAAGGAGGCGGGGCCGACUCGCGCUCCGGCAGCGGCAGCGAGUCGGAGUACUCCGCCCGCGGCAGCCUGCGGCGCGGCCACGGCUCGGCCGCCCCCAGCGAGCACAGCCACGCCUCCUCCCAGCGCUCCCACCACCACCACCACCGCAUCCCCCAGCAGCCCCACAUGUCCCCCUACCCGCCCGGCAUCCUCCCGUACAACCCCAUGAUGGUGAUGAUGGUCCCGCAGCACCCGCACCCGGCCAUGGCCGCCGCUCACGCUCUUCCUCACGCGCAGCAGAUGAUCGCGGGCCCCAUGCACCCGACUCUAGCGCCGCUGCCCUCCUCCACCCCGGGGGGGCCCCCCGGCGCCCCGCCCACUCGCGACCUGGGCGCCGUGCCCCCGGAGCUGACCGCGUCCCGCCAGUCGUUCCACCUGGCCAUGGGGAACCCCAGCGAGUUCUUCGUGGACGUCAUGUAGCUCCUCGGUGUCGGCGGAGCGGCCGUUCAUGUGAAGUCGGGGUACGGCCGGGUCGAGGGCACUCGUUACAAAUUUGGCGAGAACAGGGUUUAACACUGACAAAGACGACGACGAGUAACGCGGGAUGCGGUCUGACGGUUUGUCGACACAUUUCCUCUUCUUAAAUUCCACUACAUAACGAGUUAUUUUUAAAUUCAGAAAGACCAGUUCUACUUUCUCAUCUCCGCGGUGAGCUCGUUUCUCCUCCAAAAAAAGCAAACUUUCAGUCCUAGAUUUCGAUCGCCUCCCGGAGCUGCUCGGCAACCCCCGGCUUUUUUAUAUCCUCAAAACCACAACGCUAUAUUAUUAGGAAGGGAAACGCCUUCUCAAACGGAGCUUUCCAUCCAGGAGGCGCACGGCCCACAGCGUAACACUAGAGGGCGCCAGGUACACCGCGUACCGAAAGGAUGCAAUCCUGUAGCACCUGGUUCAUCGCGCCUGAUUGGCUGGCAGCACGCGCAUCGAGUGCCUCACUCUUUUAGAGACAUCUUCACACUCCAGGUACAUAAAAAAACGACAAAUUUAGUUCCCGCAUUGUUUGACAAUGAUCUCCUGUAUAUAUCUACGCCUCCUCUGUAAAUGCAACAAUACACAACGGCAAGCUCUAAUGUGAAAGAGAAAAUAGGUCAAAAGAUGUCAGGCGGACGUGUGUUUGGUCAUCACUGAGUCGGCCUCGUCGUCAGUAACUCUGAGGCGUAACGGUACAACAUGCUAAGAGGUACUUUAUGAUUACAUACCGUGUGUCUUAAGUUACUGUGAUCCAAAUGCCCCGUGCUUAUUUUUAUGUAACUGACUCGCAUUAUUCACCCAUUUCGUUUUUUGUAUGAGUGACUAUAUAAAUCAUGUAUAACCGAACUAUUAAGGUGCUAAAUGAAGAUUCAACAUAUAAAAAAAAGAAAUGGAAAAAAAGAAUGACAUUGUUUGAUUUCAUAUCGCCACCUUUGUUUGUGUACUUGAGAAUAAAUUUGAUACUUACAUACUG